AUGCGUGUGCUAGGUCUUCUCGGCGGCACGACCUACAACGCAACCCUCCUCUACUACAAACAAAUAAACGCCUACGUUCAAAACCGUCUCGGCGGCGGCCACUCCUCCAAACUCCUCCUCCACUCCUUCGACCACGCUGAGCUCUUUCGUUUCUUCCAAACAGGCAACUACAACGAAGUAUCCCGCCAGAUCUGCACCGCCGCAAGAAAUCUCAAGUCCAUCGGCGCAGAAGCCAUCGUUCUCUGCGUAAACACGAAUCAUCGCUGGGCAGAGGAUGUUGAAAAUGCAACGGGUCUUCCAUUGUUGCAUAUCAUUGAUUUUACGGGUGAUGCAAUUGUCAAAGCGGGGCUGAAGAAAGUCGCGUUGCUGGGGACAAAGAUUAGUAUGGAGCAGGACUUUUUGAAGGGGAGGCUGGAGAGGAGGUUUGGGGUCGAGGUUCUUGUUCCGAAAGGGGAGGAGGUGCGGAAGAGGAUGGAUCGUGUGAUUUUUGAAGAGCUUUCUUGUAAUCGGGUACUUCCUCAGUCAAGGGAGUUUUAUCUGGAUCAGAUCAAGGACUUGUACGGGAGGGGUGCUGAAGGGGUUAUUUUGGGGUGUACAGAGUUGCAGAUGAUAUUGAAGCCUGGGGAUGUCGAUAUGCCGAUGUUUGAUACUGUGGAAUUGCAUGCGACGGGAGCUGCCAAGUGGCAGUUGGAAGAGUAA